ACUCUCACUUCUCCAGAUGCACUUCUCGUCCUGGUUAGUUUUCUGAUCAGAUUGAUUUAUUUCUACUUUCUGCCCUUCAUCUUCUUCUCUCCCCCACCCCCACCCACCCCCACUCUUAUUCCCUGCUGAUCAUUCUUCUUAUUUUCUCUUGGGUGGGUGGAUGGGGGGGGACAUAUAACAAUUCUUAAUUCUCUGCAUAACUAUAUACAGACCGAGCCAACAGGGGAAAGGUAAGAGAGGGAGCAAGCAGCAGCAGCAGCCGCCGCGGCAGAAGCAGAGCCAGGGCCGGUGACCCCCUCGCCCCCUCCCUGCUCCUGUGCACGCCUAAGCCAUGUCUUAUCCUCAGGGUUACCUCUACCAGCCCCCCGGUUCUCUGGCUCUUUAUUCUUGCCCAGCUUACGGGGCUUCGGCGCUGGCGGCGCCAAGGAGCGAGGAGCUGGCCAGGUCUUCUUCAGGCUCGGCGUUCAGUCCGUACCCUGGAUCUGCGGCUUUCACCGCGCAGGCUGCGACCGGCUUCACCAGCCCACUUCAGUACUCUACAGACCCCGCCACGGGAUUCCCUUCCUACAUGGGCUCACCUUAUGAUGCUCAUACGACAGGCAUGACGGGGGCUAUCAGCUACCAUCCUUAUGGCAGUCCCGCUUAUCCUUAUCAGCUGAAUGACCCGGCUUACAGAAAAAAUGCCACCCGAGAUGCCACCGCCACCCUGAAGGCCUGGCUGCAAGAGCAUCGCAAAAACCCUUACCCCACUAAAGGGGAGAAGAUUAUGCUGGCCAUCAUCACCAAGAUGACCCUCACCCAAGUUUCCACCUGGUUCGCCAACGCCCGCCGGAGACUCAAGAAGGAGAAUAAGAUGACCUGGGCUCCCCGGAACAAAAGCGAAGACGAGGACGAAGACGAAGGGGACGGGGCCAGAAGUAAAGAAGAAAAUUCAGACAAGGUGCAGGAGAGCAACGAAACGUCAGCUGAGGACGAAGGGAUCAGCUUGCACGUCGAUUCGCUUACAGACCACUCCUGUUCAGCCGAGUCAGACGGAGAGAAGUUGCCCUGCAGGGCAGGAGACACCCUGUGCGAGUCGGGCUCCGAGUCGAAGGACAAGUACGAUGACAUCGAGGAUGACGACGAGGAGGACGAGGAAGGGGACCGAGACCUCCCCCCGACGAAGCCGGUGACCUCCUCGCCCCUCACGGGCGUGGAAGCUCCUCUCUUGAGCCACCCCCACGAAGACGCUUCCCGGAACUCCAACAAAACGACUUUGGAUAAUAGGAUUUCCCCGAGCUCCCAAACCCAGGCCAUCAAACCCAAGCUGUGGUCUCUUGCAGAAAUCGCCACCUCGGACCUUAAGCAUCAGAGCAUGGGGCAAAGCUGUCCCCCACCUGCUUUGACUUCGGCUACCCCUUCCUCCACGUCCCACACUAGUUCGGCUUAUUCCCCUUCUUCCCUCCUCGGAAGACAUAUUUAUUACACUUCGCCCUUUUACAGCAACUACACAAACUAUGGAAACUUUAACGCUCUUCAGAGCCAGGGGAUCCUGAGGUAUAACUCAGCAGCAGUGGCUUCAAACGAGGGAUUGAGUCAGACUGUGUUAAAUACUAGCUCUGUUCCCAAGCAGAGCAGUGACUCUUUGAAAACGAGCACUAACCAGCUGGAGCCACAUUACAGGCCCUCUAGUUAUGAGCCUAAGAAAGAUUCCACUGAAGUCUGCACAGUAGGAGUACAACCCUACCUAUAGAAGUGCAAUCAGACAGAAUGUGAGUAGGUGUCACAAUUGCUUUGAAAAAAAGUCAGCAAGCCAUCAUCUCUCCCUGAGCUAAUAUAUAGAACAAAUCUCUAAAUCUGGAAUCACAUCUUGUGCCACUGUAUAAAAGAAGAACCCACAGAGCACUAUUAAAUCUACAGACUCUAAUUCUUAAAAACAGAAUUUUGUUGGACAUAUGUGAGUUUGUUGGUCUAGUAUAGUUUCCCCAAUGUAUGUGUGACUUUUGAAAACAAUCUGUUUUUCUCAGGAUAUCUUGAAUUGAUCACUUCAUUGCCACGGUAUAUAUUCUCUAGGUGUGAUAGGAUUUACUGUAAAAUUUAUUUGUAAAAGAUGUACACAGUAGAGAUAAUAAAAUGUGAUUGAAGAACUUGAGUACUUAAAAAAGUGGAAACAAAUUUGAUAUUUAUUUUUGUAAUGAUAUAAAGCUUCUAGUAAUUUAUGCAAGUUGUAUUGCAAUGGAAUCCGAUCUUUUUGUAAAUAAAUUCUGCCUGGUUUUUAUUUGAAACGUUGAUGGUUAUACAAUCUUUGUUGGUUGUCUAACAAGAAUUCUUUACUAAUUUAUAUCUUUAAUUGUAAAUAAAAACAGACUAGUCUGCAA